GGGACUCCAGGCGGAGUUGGUCAAUAUCAUACGGAAUUCCUAUGAUGGAUUAAACUGCUAAAUUGUACAUGGAGGACAAUUGACAGACUCGUUCGAGGUAAAGACCAGUGUCAGACAAGGUUGCUUACUCUCACCCUUUCUCUUUCUCCUGGUGAUCGACUGGAUCAUGAAGACGUCAACAUGUGAAGGGAAACACGGGAUACAAUGGACAUAUAGGAUGCAGCUGGAUGAUCUAGACUUCGCAGAUGAUUUGGUCCUUCUAUCGCACACGCAACAACAAAUGUAUAAGAAGUCGACCAGUGUAGCAGCAGCCUCAGCAGCGGUAGGUCUCAAUAUACACAAAGGGAAAAGCAGGAUUCUCCGAUACAUCACAGCAUGCACCAAUCCAAUCACAAUUGACGGAGAAGAUUUGGAAGAUGUAAAAACCUUUACGUAUUUGGGCAGCAUCAUUGAUGAACAGGGUGGAUCUGAUGCAGAUGUGAAGGCGCUGAUCAGCAAAGCAAGAGCAGCAUAUUUACAACUGAGGAACAUCUGGAACUCAAAGCAACUGUCAACCAAUACCAAGGUCAGAAUGUUCAAUACAAAUGUCAAGACAGUUCUACUUUAAUAAUAAUAAUAAUAAUAAUAA